AUGCAGGCCAACCAAGUAGACUGUGGUGUCUACGUUUGCAUCUACGCAUCUGAGCUGGUUGCCCGUGGCUUCGCUAAUCUGGACGAUGGGCUGCCAGCUUUGCCCUAUGGUGGUGGCCUUUUCCGGAGGGGGAUGCCAAGCGCCGUGAACAAGCCAGUGUCUCCAGAGCUGGCCGAAAUCGACGCGAAGCUGCGUGAUGCUGUCGGCGACAUCCACAACAUCUCCUGCCGCGUGGGGUACUGUGAGAAAGACAUCACCAAGCUCGAGCUCCUGGUGGAGAGUCUCACCAACGACUUGUCCACCACCCGCGACGAGCUCACCGCGUUGUCAGCGCAAGUAGCAGCCUUACCAGCACCGCCGCAGCAGGGGCGUAUUGGAGGAGCUGGCGGACCCAGCGCGAGAACCGACGACCCUGCCACCCAGCAAAUUCUGGCGCCGACUGCGCAACUCGAGCAGCAAGGGGAUUCUCAUCAGAUUCAAACGGCCCACGGCGUUAUCAACGGGCUGCUGCCCGACCAGCAGCAAGCGGCCCGCGCCGUUCGCUGCAGCUGCAGCCGUGCUCAGGCGGAGCAAGCCUCCCCGGGGUCGUGUGUGGCAGCUCACCGGCGAGGAGAUGGACCUGCUGGAUGGCUGCACGGCCGAGAUCGUGCGGCAGCUCACUACCGCACGCGUCUGGGGGCGGUGGGAAAAGGUGGCGCGUCGAGCUUGCUUCCCUCGGUGGUGCCAACCCCCACCCCUGCAUCCCCCGCUGUUGUGGCAGCAGCGCCAACCGCACCCGCAGCUGCUCCAACCACACUUGCCCCGGCGAAUGCAGGCAUCGCCCCUCCUGCCGUGGCUCUUGCACCUGCACAGCCCACCCCUCCCGGUGGAGCUACUGCUGUGCACGUCGGAACAACUCCUGUGCCUGCGGGGGUUACUCCCGCCCCACCAGCCCAUUCUACGCAAGCCACAUUGACCAACCCCCCUGUGCAGGCUGAUGUUGUGGCGUUUGCCUCGCUGUCGUUGCCAGAGAGCGACGAGGGGGAUGUGGGCAACAACGCGACAACCCACCCGACAGUUCCAUCCUCCCCCUCCUCCUCCUCCUCCUCCUCCUCCUCCUCCUCCACCUCCUCCCCCACCGCAGCCGGCGCCUGA